AUGGAUCGUUUGUUGCGCAUCUUCGGACCGUGCACGUUUGCGUUCAGCUCCGGCGCGACGACGCUCGGGUCGCUCAGCUCCGGCACGGCGACGCUCAGCUCCGGCACGGCGACGCUCAGCUCCGGCACGGCGACGCUCAGCUCCGGCACGGCGACGAUCGGUUCCGGCACGAAAAUGCUCGGUCAGCUCAAUUCGCUUAGCUCCGACACGACGACGCUCGGUCCGAUCGAUUCGCUCAGCUCCGGCACAACGACGCUCGGCUCCGGGACGAUAAUAAUGCUCGGUUCCGGUACAAUCGAUUCGCUCAGCUCCGGCACGACGACGCUUGGCUCCGGGACGAUAAUGCUCGAUUCGCUCAACUCCGGCACGACGACGCUCAGCUCCGGGACGAUAAUGCUCGAUUCGCUAGAUUCGCUAGAUUCGCUCAGCUCCGGUGCGAUAAUGUCCGACUUCGGUGUGACAAUGCUCGGCUCCGGGACGAUAAUGCUCGAUUCGCUAGAUUCGCUAGAUUCGCUCAGCUCCGGUGCGAUAAUGUCCGACUUCGGUGUGAUAAUGCUCGGCUCCGGUACUACGACGCUCGAUUCGCUCAGUUUCGGUACAAUGACGCUCGGUUUGCUCGAUUCGCUCAGCUUCGGUGCGACGACGCUCGGUUUGCUCGAUUCGCUCAGCUCCGGCGCAACCAUGCUCGGCUCCGGCCAGACGACGCUAGCUUCGUUCGAUUCGUUCAAUUCACUCAGCUCCGGUGCGACUCUAUCGUCGUGA